AAUGAUUCAAUUGAACUUGCCUUUAGAAUACAAAUAUCUUCUUUCCUCUUCUUUACAGUCAAUUGAAUUAGACAUUUAUAAGUAUUGGUCAGAUACUAUCUCGUGUAUUGCUUGUAUAUUGUCUAUCCUUAUCAUCUGCGUCCUUCGUCAGACCCAGGACGCGACAAGUAUGACAAGAGACUUUGCUGACAUAGAACUUUUGGCAGCUGAGAAUGGACUAAGAACAUAAGAAAAGUGGCUUAUGGCUCAACCUUUUUUUUCGUUUUUGCUAUUAUAGUGAUGCCGCCCAAGAAACAUAGAAAGCCUUUGACUCCCUUACAAAGAAAACAAAUUAAAAGAAAAAGAGAGUUGAUCCAUAAAGCAACAGUUAAAAGUCAAUACUAUAAAGAACUCAAUCAACAAAAGGAUGACACACCUGAUUAUGUGAAAGAGGUUUUUGGUAUGCAAGAACGAACUAUUGAUGAAGAUGGUAAUGUUGUCGAACUGCAUAAACCUGAGGACGAAAGUGAACAAGAUAAACGUCAAAAUAAGCCAAAUCCUUUCAAAUCACAGAUGGAAGAAAGCUUAAAACGUAAAAGAGAGAGUGAACAGGAGAGAAGAGAGAAAGAAGAAAAGCUAAAAGAGCAAAAAGAACAAAGACACACUUAUUACAAAGAAAGAAGUGAAAAGAGAAGAAAGAUGCUCUCAAAGACAAAGAGAGGUCAACCAAAAAUGGCAGCUAGAAUGGAUGUUUUAUUAGAAAAGAUUGAAAAACAAGCUUCAUAACUGUAAAUAGCAUACCACACACAUAAAUUAUCAACAACAAUAAAUGGCUCGCAUAAAUGUAUUCCUACAGUUGCGGAAAAACCCCUCCCCCUUUUUGUUUUUUAUCCGAUAUCAUCUAUUGUAAUGUACCCGGUGUAUUCCGUUCUUCAUUUUUUCCACUGUUUUCCUGGCGGUUCCAACAGGAUUCAAAGUCCUCUGCGAUCGGUGUAAAUCAAACAUACACACACACACUGUCGUCUUCAUGUUAUGAAAUCAUAGUUAUUAUUUAGUGUCAUCUUGAUAUGAGACAUGUAUAGAAAGUCAACUUUAAAAAAAUCCAUCUUGAGCGGAUCAAAACUAAAACGGAAAAAAUAUGUGCAAGGAAAAAGCGAACAAUGGUUCCCUUCAUUUAUUCAUUUUAACAGCAUAAAAUAGUUUGCUGCAUCGGAAUUUAAAUUAUAGUGUACGC